CCCACAUGAACUUUUCUAAAGAGGAACUACAAUGGAUCCGCAAUGAAGACAAGAUAUCUCCCGAAAUAUACUUCAAAACAUUCAGAUCAGGCGCUCAUAAAUCUCACGAAGAACACCAGCGUUACUCCCGUUUACUGGGUAUAGGUGGUUUUACGGAGGAGGAACUAGAAAAGCUUCGUAAUGCUUUCGAUCAUGGAAAAUUAACAAGGCUGCUCAAUUCUGGAUGGAUCGCAGUUCAAGAGAUUCACAAAUCAGAACAGCAGCUGUGUUAGUAAAGGGUUCGGAGGCAUUCGCAAGCGGUUCCAUUAAUAGAAACAAAUGGGAUGAACUGGAUGCGCAAGACGAGGAGCAAGUUAGCCGCAAGCGUCCACAGGAAAUCUUUAGAAACAGCAACAAACUGUCAAAGUCACAACGGAGCUAUGCAGAAACUGGAUUGAAGGAAAAUAAAUACGUGGGACAUUCCGAUACGUACACAGAGGUAGAUGGUUCAAGUCCGCAGAUCGAUGAGCAAAUUCCUUCUUCAGAUACGGCAGCGAGAACCACGACCGCUCCUACCAAGCUCGACAAGAAUGCCAAAAAACAAUCUGAGGAUGUGAUAGAAGCAGAAUUAAGCAAGCGGCGCAGGGUUAGCUUCGGUUCUACAGUCUCCACCACAACAACAACCUCUGGCUCACUCUACUCAUACCAUGGAUCGGAGACGUCCUCAGAGUCGGAUAUGUAUGUCUACCACUUUCUUGGAGGGAGUGGCCGAGAGGACUCCAUACUCGAAACUUCAUGGACGUACAAUGGUGUCGACAUCAGCAAGGACCUAAUGACAUUCCGAGAUCGCAUAGUGCGAGAGAACUAUGGGAUCUCGCGGCCCCAUGAGAUGCUCGUUAUCAACUUUAUCUUCCUUCUGGAGUCGGAGAACCAGAUUUGGGGCUUGCAGGGAGAAGUCCAAGACCAUGUUUGGGAGUCCAUGUGGGACUGUGAGGGCAAGAAAAAGAUCAAUAACUUCAAGUCUACCAUAAUCAUUGAGUGCCACAAGUGGGCAGCACUGGCAGCAAGUAACAACUUCGACGAGUAUUCAAAGCUUUUGAAAAGCAACCCUCCCUCUUUCCCUCUUCUCCACCAGGUCCUGCUACAGCUGAUCUCGUCGCAACAGCUCUGGACAUUUUCUGGCCUUGAGAAUGAGGCAACUUUUAUUCGAUACCUCAUCGACCCCUGCUUGAAUGUGACAUUUGGGUCGAUCAAGCAUACGAGCAGCAAGUGGACAACUGUGCUGGAUGAAACAAGAGGGCAAGAUUCGCGCCUCCUCUUCCCAGACUUUUCUCUUGUGACCCAACUUCGCGACCAUUCAUGUUCCUUGAUAUGGGACGACCUUACCAAGCUGGGACAGGAACUGAAGCUCUCUCUUGAUACUAUGAUCGUUCUGGAGCCCAGUGGUCCUGUGUCAGAUGGUGCUCAUGUACCUUUAUGUUGAUUUCAUUGCUAAUAUCGGCUCUUCUGUCUGUAGGUGCAAAAGUCAAGGUAGUGUUCUAGGGGGAUCUAAGGG